AUGGCAGCCCCCGAACCGUCACCUCGCAGGCCGACACGCACCCCUGCUAGACCACGCGCUGCCUCGUCACAGAACCUGGACUCGGAACCGCCCUCAAAACGACGACGAUACAUUCCCGGUGGCCCUGGAGGUGGUGGACGAUGGGUUGAUGAUCAAGGCAACGAAACAACCGCCCCUACCUCUGUGCGCCGGCACCGAUCUGAUAUCACUGGGGAUGACAACGACGAGGACACAUCGAGCCCGAGAAGCAUUCGCAGACCGCCCCCUUCUACGCGCCCGCGCAGAGAUCGAGAUCGAAACCGCGAUCGCAGAUCAAAUGCGAUCCCCCGACCCCGUUACAGCAGCGCGGCCGCAGCAGCCGCCGCAAGUCAAGCAAGUGAUGGAUACAAACCGCGAGAGGAACGAAGCUGGGAAGAGUUCCAUCCAAACCUCGAUGUGGACCAAGGUCUCAGCCUGUUCUCGGCCGACGACGUUGAUGGGCGCAAUGCUGAUAGCCCCAUGGUGGAGAGCGAUGCGCCUCCUACCGUGGCUUCUUUUGUGCCCAUGGAGACUCCCAUCAAGCGCAAGCCUGGACGACCCCCGAAACGACCCGAGAGCAUGCUAUCUGGCCUGGGUUCUCCUCCCGCUCCUCGCAUAUUGCCUCUGCCCACCCACAAUCCAAAGGAACGCCUCAACCUGCCCAAACCAGCAUACCGCAACAUCGAGACAUUUGCUCAGUACGAGCAGCAUGGCUCCAAUCAGAAGAACUACGUCGAUAAAUCUAUGGCUCACGUUGGCUAUCAAGAGGGGGAUCGCUUUGACAUACCCAAACACACCCUGAUUCGUCACGUCGAAGGCCCCUACGACGAUGACACCAUCAGUGGUCUUGUUGUCAAGUCCGACAAGAACGAUGAAGCCCGUCCACCCGUCGUCUUCAACGUUGAGUACGACAUGGACGAACAAGACGAGCGUUGGUUGGACAUGCACAAUGCGAAACGCAAGGAAGAACAGGCCGAGCCAAUCAAGCCCGCUUUGUUUGAGAUUACCAUGACUCAGAUCGAGCGCGAGUACUAUUCCCUCGAGAAGAAAAUCCCAAAGCCAAACCCAAGACAUGCUCAAAUUACCAGACCCCGCUCGAGCUCGGCUGCAGCUGUCAAUGGAGAACCUAGUGGGCCCGCUGAUGAGCCCGACACAAAGUGCGCUGUUUGCGACGACGGCGAUUGCGAGAAUGCCAACGCCAUCAUCUUUUGUGACGGCUGCGACCUCGCCGUUCAUCAAGAAUGUUACGGCGUCCCCUUCAUCCCUGAGGGCCAGUGGUUCUGCCGCAGAUGCAAGGAGAUCGGCCGUGGAACUCCCACCUGUAUCUUCUGUCCCAACGUGGAGGGUGCCUUCAAGCAAACGAAUACAUUGCGCUGGUCACAUCUUCUUUGUGCUCUUUGGAUCCCGGAAAUCACAAUCGCCAACAUGACAUUCAUGGAACCCAUCACAGAUGUCGAGAAGGUACCUCAGAGUCGCUGGAGACUCAAGUGCUAUCUUUGCCAACAGAAUAUGGGUGCUUGCAUACAAUGUGGCAAUAAGUCAUGUUACUCGGCAUUCCAUGUAACUUGUGCAAGGAGGGCAAAAUUGUUUCUCAGGAUGAAGUCCACCCAUGCUGGAGGUAUCGAUGCUUCUGUUCUCAAGGCUUUCUGCGACAAGCAUGUUCCACAGGACUGGCGCAUCGAGCAUGACGUCCAAAGUGCCGUCGACGAGACCAAGAGAUACUACAGACACACUAUGAAGAAUCGCAAGUGGGCUGAUAGCUCGAGCACCGCACUCGUCAUCGCUCCCGCACCUCGGCCAGAUUCAACGGUGGAACAUGCAGAUGAACUAGGACACACCGAUGAUACCAUUGUCGUUGCCGCAAACAAGCGCAAGAAAGCCCAGCCCCAGAAGGCAGGAUGGCGCCUUCCAUCGGGUGCACCUGUUGUGCCUGCAGUCGUGUUCGGUACAGUAGACAACUCGCUCGCUCGGUUCUCGCUCAGGAAGCGGAAGGAGUUUGUCACCGAGGCUUGCAAGUACUGGACUCUAAAGAGAGAAGCUCGUAAAGGUGCGGCUUUGCUGAAGCGUCUACAAUUGUCACUGGAAUCAUUUUCUCCUAUGGAAAUCACGCGUCGCAACUUCUCGGGCAUGGGCGCUGCGGGCAGACCCCGUUUGCUCAGAAGAAUCGAGUUUGGUGAUAUCCUUAGUGAGGAUGUGGGCAAGUUGGAGGGUCUUGUGGCUGGCAUUCGUCAGCGCGAAGAAUUCGGCCUCGCCGAUAUUGAAGUCCUCCAAAGCCUCCUCGAGAAUGUGUACUUCCCAAUCAUCCCUCUGCUUCGGCCAAUACUGCAGAAAGCACAAAAACUCGAUGACAAGAGCGGAUUGUUUAGAGAAGGAUUUGACAUCCUCAAUCAAAAGUUAUCGGAGCGGAGCUACACAUCCGUCGCUGAAUUCUCUGGAGACAUUUUGGCCGUGCUCGCUAACGACAACACAAGAUCCAACAUCAACAAGGCGGAAGUCCAAGAUGAAGCAAGAAUCCAAAUGCAGAUCGAUGCAGCGCCUGUCGGUACUGCAGAGCAUCGGGCAUUGACAGCUGAACAAAAGGAACUUAAGAAGGUCCGGAAGCGAAUUUCCAAGCCCGUUAGAGAAAUGCUGGACGAUGCAAUUAAGCAGGAGGCCCAGCUGAAAGACAUACCAGUGGAAGAGAAUCCCAGGUGGGCUGAGUUUGAUGCACUACUGGAGGCCUCUGAUCAGACGAAUGGUGCAUUGCCGACAACGGAGAACGACGAAAACGUUACUUCAGAUACUUCAGCUGUUGAAGGCGCAGCUCCUGAUCACAUCGACGACCGUCCCGAUGGGGACGUCGACAUGAUCGACGCUGCAAAUUCUGCUAGUGAGGCUGACGAUGGAGACGAGUCUGAUGCGGACGGCGAAUCCGAUCCUGAAGUCGAGCGUCCUGCACCUCCGACAGUCGGCACAGAGGCUGUACAAGCCAAGGGACCAGCAUUCAGACCAAUCACACAACCACUCUCACCGCCAAACUCUACAUCAAGCGUUGCUAACCAUAAUGUUGAGGCUACGACAGUGCCUCAGAUCCAGGAGUUCACGCCGCCUGAGACGAUCACUCAUGAUCCAUGGGCUCGUGGCGGUGUUCCCUGGUAUCUCGAGCGUUUCGACAUUGACGGCACAACGAUACACGAAGAGCGGUGGUCGGGUCGCGACGCAAUGUCCGAGGAUCUCACCGACCUUGACGAAGAAGAAGUGGCUGUGCUAUGCGAGAAACCUGGUUCAUCUGCUGAGGCCGACGAUAAUACCAAGAGCCGAACGAGAAGCUCAGCACGAAUCAAGCGAGCCGAGGAAAAUAGCACUACGUCAAAUGAUGAAGAGAACGUUCCAAAGGAACCAGAAAUGACAGAGGAGCAAAGGAAAGACAGGGAGAAGAAGGAUAGGGCGAAUGCAAGACGCAGAGCCGCCAGAAAGAAAAGAUGGUAA